AUGUUUGGGACACUGGCGGAAGACGGCUCCAGACCGUCUUCAGAGAGGGCAAAAUGCAGCGGGAUUCAUAAGAAAAUGACCCAGUGGCUUUUUUUGGAGGAGAUGGCAUUCGUGAAAGACGCACUGGAAACCCUGCAGGCCUUAUCUCUCUUUCUCCAGAGGAGAGACGCAACAGCAGUCACUGCCAACACUGAAGUGGACGUUGCUGUGAGAGCGCUUGGAGCCAUGAGACAAGUGGAUGGCACAAGCGCAAAACGCCUACAUGGGGAAUACGAGGCUUCAGAAACGUUCAAAGGAGUCAAUGUGUCUCAACCAAGCGACAGAGAUAAAAGAAAGGCAGAGGUCUUUCGCGAAGGUUUUUAUACGUCACUCGCAGAGAACAUUCAGCGCAGGCUUGAUGACAAUGGCAUUAUUUCUGCCUCUGCCGCUCUGAACCCGUCCAAUUGGCCACCUGACGAGGAUGAGCGUAUUCUCUAUGGAGACGAGAAGCUGCUCGCGAUCCAAAAAAAACUUGCUGUCGACAUCGGAGAAAGCAAUGCCAUCCUCUUAAAAGAAUUCCACGAGCUCAAAUGCCAUGGGAUCACAGAUCCGGAGCUGCUUCUUCCCGUGGGCCUGGUCCUGGGCUCCUGCCUUCUGCUGUUCCUCCUGUGUGUGUCCAUCUACAGCCUCUUCAAGGUGGACCUGGUUCUGUGGGCUCGAGGGGCCUUCUCCACACGAAAGCACAGCACAGCGACUGAUGGGAAGCUGUACGAUGCCUACGUGGCCUACCCUCAGAGCUGUGCGGCGGGUUGGACGGAUCAGGUGGAGACUUUUGCCCUCCUCACUCUGCCCCAGGUGCUGGAGGAGGCCUGUGGUUACUCCCUCUUUAUCCCAGGAAGGGACUGUCUGCCUGGUGGAGCUGUGAUAGACUCGGUGGAGGAGAACCUUCAGGCCAGCCGCAGGAUGCUCCUGCUCUACAGCGCCUCCACCUUCAGCAAGAAGAACUGCAGCAACAACAACACACUGCUGUCCAGGCCCACGGUCGACCACACAAAGACGUAUGACCAGAGAACGACCAAGACCACACUCAACAACAACACAGAGCCCCAAGACCUGAGCUCCAGCCAGGACCACCUCCAACAGAUGGAUAACGGCCAGAGCAUCAGUCUGAAGCAGCUCCACACCAAAGCUCCCCAGGACAUGAAGGGCACGGACCCCCAAGACAUGAAGGGCGCAGACCCUCAGAGCGAGCCCCAGAGCAGGGGGGACACUUGUGGCCACACUCGUACCCAGAUGGAGUGUGUGGCGGCCAUGCACAGGGCUCUGCUGGAGCGGUCUCUGAAGGUGAUCCUGGUGGAGCUGGAGGAGCUCGCGGCUCCUGACGUGGAGCAGCUCCCACAGUCUGUGCGUCACCUCAGGCAGACCCAGGGUGCUGUGUGCUGGUGGAAGACCAGCAGGAGAGCGAGGGCCCCCUGGAGGACACGGGACAUGGGGGACGUAGAAACACCGCUAUCCUCCUGUGUGAACCCCAACUCCAGGUUCUGGAAGGAGGUGCGCUACAGGAUGCCCAUCUGA